AAUGAACUCCGUUCCUAAAAUUACCUGAGAUGAGAACAUCUCUGAUGAGUUUUUAAGCGAAGAAGUAUCCUCCUGCAGAGUCCCUACCUCCAAGAAGAUUCUGGAGAACAUGAGCUUUAAAUCUAUGAGCAUGAGGAAGCAGACUGGUAUGAAGAAACUUAGUUUUAAUCCAAGAGAUGCUUCUUAUUGUGUCCAGAACAACGACCUUACUCAUGGGCUUAAAGAAAAUAGCAACAAGCAGAGCUAUUGGAGUGAAGAAAUCAAAUAUGGAAAUAUUAACAAGCCCCAUAUCUUAUCUUCAUCUGCCAAGACAGGCAAACCAAGGAACUCUUUGAAAUAAAGAGAUUAGCAGUCUUUUGAAAGUAGCUGCUGAGAUUAGAAGCAAUAAAAAAUCAAAGAGUGCUUUUUCCAAGCAGAAAUUUCCAGAACCUCCUCAGAAGAGAAGAGAGCCACCUAUCUGUAAUGAUCUGACAAUGAGAGACGUCAAGCCAUCUGUUUAAUAAUAAGCUAUGAGUAUUGUCAUUAAUAAAGUCUUUUGAAUUAUUUCUCCUUUUGGGAAUUUUUAAGAAUAAGAAAUUCAGGCUGUUGACAAUAUUAAAUCCAUGAUAAACUAUAUUAUGAACUAUAAAAGUUUAAUCUAUAUUUUUUGUAUUAAGACAUCAUUUAUUUGUUAGAAGAGGCCUCAGAAUUAAUAUUGCUGAAGGAUAAAUGUAUGCAUUAAUCAAUCCAUUUGAGUUUUUAGCUAAAUUUUUUGGAUUUUUAGAAAAGGUAAAGUAUACCUCCUCUUUAUUUUGGCUCCAUUAAUUAUUUCAAGCUGCUGUUGAUCAUUGAAAUUUUUAUUUCUCUGUUCCUUAUAAGGCAAGGGCUCUCUCAUAUCUCCUUAUAGAGAAGUACUUUAAAGUAAAUUUUUUACAUCCCAUGUUGGACUAAAAAGGUUGACAUAAUUUUAUGGUUUAACCUCAAAAACAUUAACAUACUUUUAUUUAAUUACAUAACCAAAUUUCAUAA